AUGCCUGAAGACAAGAAGUCCAAGAAUGACCCGAAAGAACAAAGAAGAUCCAAGCGGCGACAUGAUGCACGAGUAGAAAAAAGGAACGAAAAGCAAUCAACACCUGCUACUAAUCAAGUACAAGAAGUUCCUAAAGUUACAGUUCCUGAAAAGCCUGCAUAUGUAGCCCCAGGGCCAGAAUUUUAUAAAAGCUUAAAGCGAGAAACUGAUGAAAUACUCAAAAUAACAGAAGAAGAAAACAUGAAAUAUAAAAAGAAGGAGAUCCAGAGUAAUUGGGCAAAAUAUGAAAUGCCCAUUGAGAGCUACAAUGAAAUCGAAGAACAAGAAAAUAUUGGUGCUGACUAUGAGACACUUAUUCAAGCACCUUUAUCAGUUGGUGGGCAUUUUCAAUUUAAACAUGAAAAGUCAUGGGAUGUUGAUACAGGACCCUCAUUAUAUGACAAAUAUUUUGAAAUCGACAUGGACACAUUAGCUUUAGCUCUCUCCACUAUACCAUUUUAUGAAAGAAGUAACAUAGACAAAUCUAAUUUUAAUGAAGCAGAUAUAUUUAAUAUGGACAAUAGAGCAACCAAGUUUAAACAGAAAUACUAUAAUGAUCAAAAAUACACAACACCUGAGUUGGAAGCUGAAGAAAACAUUUUAAACAAAUUAACAAGCUCUGAAGACAAAAAUGAAAAAGAUAAUGAGAAAGAAAACCCUGUAAUAUUUCAAGAAAAAAAUGAAAAAACUAUAGAUAUUGAACAACUUCCCAACUUCACUAAAGAUCCUGCAAAUAGGGUAGGACUUAAAUCUGAAAAUUCUGAAAAACUAGUUGAAAUGUGUGGAAGUCCUGCCGAAAGUGAAGAAAUAUGUAGGCUAACAACUCACAAUAACUUAGAACCAGAACAUCCCAAGGAAAUUGAAAAAACUGUAACAGUAUAUUUUGAAACAAAUGGAGCAGAACUCAAAAAUACCCAAUUAAAGAAUAGUAAUCAAAAACACAAAAAUAAAUUGGUUGACGACAUUGAUGACAUCAUAGAAAUUGUGGGAACCCAACCUGACAGUACUGAAAUCAAAUUCGAAGCUGAUGCAACACUUAAAGAUGUCAAUGUAGAACAAGUUACUAAAGUGUCUGAAGACGCUACUACCCCAGUUAAAGAAGAACCAAAGUUGAAUCCUGUCAUAGCAUCACCAGAAGAUCUAGAAAAGUGGCUUGAUGAUUUUUUAGAGGGUAAGUUCUUAAGU